CACUCACGCAAGGGAAGUUACUGCCAAUACCCUUACUAUCACAAAGAGCAUAAAGUCUCUAACUUUGACAUCUUGGUGAACAAAGAUAACUUUGAGGUGCUAGAGUGGAAGGACGGCUCUUGGGGUUCAGUGCCUAAACAUUCAGUCAAAACUUGUUCCGGUGUGGACAUAUAUGUUGCCAAGAAUAAGUUUGGUCUUGGGAAGGUACAUGUUAGGAAUAAGGCGUUCUUCCUUCCUUGGGAGGGUUCUGAGUAUUUCUACAAGACCUACCAGGUCCUGACCUAUAGAAAAGAUGUAAUCAGCGAGCACAUCUCUGAAAUCAGCUACGACAUUGGUGUGAAUGUCAUUAAGUGUCCUCCAGAGUCCCUGUUCACUUCUACUGUCAAAAACAAUGAGUGCAGUUCAGUAGUGAAAUCCCCGACUGCCUCAGUGACACGUCAGACACAGACAAGGUUCGACUUCAGCUCCUCCACCAAAUUCGGAUUCAGCACGAGCUUCACGGGAGAAAUCCCCAUUAUCAGAUCUACAACUAUUUCGAUCAGCAGUGAAAUGACAUUCACAUUCUCAAGAGGAAACACAAGGACAGACACGACCACCCAGUCUAUGCCUCUGACUGUCACAGUCCCGCCCAACCAUUACUGCAGGGUCCAAACGGUGGUGCGUAGGUACAAGGCCAAUAUCCCUUUCACUGCUUGCCUCACUCGCCAAUUCACAAACGGGAGGGUCACAACGACGUUCAUCACUGGGACCUACACCGGCGUGGAUGCUGGAGAAGCUUCGGCUGUGGUGGAACGCUGUAGACCGAUUCCCAAGGCCGAGCCUUGUCCUGAAAGACGUUUGUAGUAAGAUGUCGGGGGAAAUUGGUGAGGCUCGGGAGGAAUGUGACCUUUCAUGUGAGCCUGUGACCAAAGGCAGUCCAGGGUGAGAUAAGACACAAAUGGAACCACACGUGCCUGACCUUUUAAAUGUUUAAUGGACUGGGUCCAUUAAGGGAGGGUCACUUCUGUCUGUACUUACGACUUGUGGUGAUGAUUUCUGUAUUCUUCAUCAUUUUUCUAUAUUCAAGUUAGCAAUAAAUACUUAAUCACAAAGCAA